AAAUAGUUCACACUGUAUACUUAACAUUUAAGAUAUCAUUUCGUUCAUUGUUUUCAGUGUUGCGAAUUAUGAAGAAUAUUUGCUUUCGUAUUAGUUUUUUUUAAAUUCUGAAAACUAAAGCAUCUUAGUAAUCAUGGAAUUUCUAACUGACACAGAGGCCUGAUAUAAAGUGCUGAAUUCCCAGAAAUGUAUUCCGGCUCCUGUCUAGCAGAUCGUGUCUGUCAUUACUGAAAUAUCAGACUUGUGUAAAUAUAUCAACAAAUGUGCCUUCCAUGAGGAUUUGUUAUUUAGGGAAAAAACUCCAAACUACUAAAUAUAACCGUCUAUGAUAAAGCCGAACAAGGAUUUAGUGGAAUCUAACAGCUUUCUACCAGUCUCCGAAGGAAGCGGUUGUAUAACUUGUUGUCUUACUCAUCAUAAGUUAAUUCUCUCAACCUUCCUCUGUCAUUUUAACUUCACAUUACCAACAAAUGGAAAUACGAGUGUAUCGACGGCGCCACUUUUCUCACAUCUGAAGAUACUGGACAACACGAAAAGAUGUCCUUGCCCGAGAGCAAGCGUACCAGUGUCGGCCGAAAGUCCAGUUUCAGGGGCCUAAGGUUGGGAAGCCUUCGUACAGUCAAGGAUGAUCAACCAGUUGCCAGAAAAGAGGCCAAACCUCCCAUACCUGUUGAUUCAGAUUCAGCAGGUCAGCUCCAGCGUUGUGUGAUAAUCCAGAAGGAUGAGAAGGGUUAUGGGCUUACUGUCAGUGGAGAUAAUCCAGUUUUUGUUCAGUCUGUCAAACCAGAUGGAGCAGCCUCAAAAGCUGGGGUGCAACAAGGGGAUAAAAUUAUCAAGGUGAAUGGUACUUCAGCAUUAAGUUUAAACCACAUUGAAGUUGUCAACCUCAUCAAAUCUGGUUCUUAUGUUGCACUCACAUUACUGGGGAAAUCUCAAGGACAGAUAAAAGCUAUGGAGUCUAAAGAGAAUUCCAGUUCAAGUCACCGUAUAACUGGUCCACGCCCUGUUGAUCAUGAAAAGGAAAGGAAUAUGCGACAGCAGAGUAUUAGGACCAUAGAAAAGAUGCUUAUACUCCAGCAAGAAGAAUGUGGUAGAGCUCGUAAAAUAUAUGCUAAGUCUCCAUCAGAAAAAAACAAAGAGGAAUUAAAUGAAAAAGAACGGACUGUUAAUACUUUGGAAACUCGCCUACGACAACUGCAAAGUGAAUUUCCUAGUGACUUUGUUGAACUAGGACUUCCAGAUCUUUCUUCAGGACGGCUACCAGGGGGGUCCAAACACAUUAAGCAUGGCUCCGUUCCAGCUUCCAUCUACAAAACAAGGGAUUUAGUUGAUAUUCGGGAUAUCAAUGUGUCUCGCUCCAAGUCUGAUGCCUCAAGUAAAGCCAGCCAAGUAGUCGCUGGAGACACCCUCGGCUCCAGCCACUCCCAGCUCCCACCUGGAUAUCAGCAAAGAGACAACACCAAGGAGCGCACAUCUUUAACAGUUGGUUCACCUGACACGAGUGGUAUUUUGGAUUCACCGCAUGCUAGUCCCAGUAAUUCUCCAACACCUGUUCACCUGGCUGAUAUGAACAGUUCAAAUCCAGAUGCUGACAGAUGUGGGACUGAGGAUGGAGGCACAGCAGCAAUAAUGACCAUGGAAGAAGACGAUGAUGAUGAAGUGCCUACUGAUGAGGCCGAAAAUCGUUUGCCAUUUGGUAAUUUUGAAGAAGUAGAGAAGCGGAAUGCUUACCUUUCUAUAUUGCUGCACUAUCUUAUUUCUAAUGAUGACCCCUCAGCACUGUUUUUCUAUAUAAUAUCUGAUAUUUACUCAUCAGCUAAUGGAAGUAGUAAAGAAUUGAGAAAAUGGGCUUACGAAAUAUAUUCCACAUUUUUAAUUCAAAAUGCUCCAUUAAAAGUAACGAUUGAUGAGAAUUUAGUGAAAAUAAUUGAUGACACUUUAAUCAGUAAAACUGACAAAGAGGAAUGUCUUCGCUCUUUAUUCAAUGAUGCAAAACAUGAUGUUCGUGGUGCUGUAAACUUGAUGCUCAAUGACUUUAGGAACAAACAAAAGUUAGGGCUUGGCAAUUUUUAUGGUGUUGAUGAACUUGAACUUGACAUGGAUAAAUCUCAAGAAAUGAAAAUUAUUGAGAAUUAUCUUGUACCACAUUUAGAAAGUUUUACAGAAGAAAAAGCGAAGUGUGCAAGGGAUCAAGCACUUGGCUGGGCGCUUGCAACAUAUCUUCGUCAUAUUGGUGUUACAAAACUGUCAUAUCACAGUUCUGUUUUAGAUCGGGUUCACAGUUUUGUGAUGAAAGAACGGAAAGAAAAGGGAAUUAAACUCCCAGGGACCAAAUCAAAAACAAAGGCAUACCGCAACCAUCAGUUUGUUCCUCAACAUUAUUACCAACUGACUGAUUGUACGGUUUGUUCUAGUCCUGUGUGGGGAGUUGGUUUUCAAGGCUAUCAGUGUAGCAAUUGUGAGUGGAAUGUUCAUAAACAUUGCAUAGAAUCCAUUGAAGUCUUAUGUCCACAAGGUCGGAGAAAACGAACGUCUGGGCUGAUGGACAAAUGGGGCCGAAAACCUAGUAAUACAAAUGCACCACAUAUAAACCAAAGAAGAGAAUCAUGUAGUCCAACACAAAGUGGAAGUUCUGGUGUUUCAGGGGCUGAUGAAGAUCUCGACUCUGGUUUUCAUUCGGUAAACAGUAUUGUAAAACGAUUCGAGAAAAGUCCAGGGGAAAAUGAAGAUGAAAGACACAAGCGUGCUACUGAUUUAGGGCGUUCAGAGAGCUUAAAAGAUCGACCUGACCAGAAAGGUGAUCGACGAACUAGACGAGCUAAAAGUGAUGUGGAUAUGGAUGAAAACACUAUCAAGGUACUUAAUAACUCAGGAAGUUCAUCUACGUCUAGUCUACAUUCUGCCAGGAAAAUUAGUGACAAGUUUUUUGGGAGUUCAGACAGCCCCUGCAAUUCCAAUGAUGCUGAUAAUGAAGAUACCAUGGUGGAUGAUUCUGAUCUUGAAGUGGAACCUGAGUUACCUCAUCUUACUAAAGUGAUAUCUGAGGAUCUUUUGCGUAAAAUGAAACCAAAAGAAAAGAAACGGCAAGAAGUUAUAAAUGAACUCUUUUAUACAGAACGUGCUCAUUUGAGGAAUAUGAAAAUUCUUGAUAAGUUAUUUCGCAAACCUAUGAUGCAGCGUGAAUAUAUAUCACAAAAUCUUAUAGACUCUUUAUUCCCAAACCUAGAAGAGUUGAUAAAACUUCACAAGUCAUUGAAUGAAGAAAUGAAGACCAGGAGGAAAGAGCAUCCUGUUAUCUCUGGUGUUGGGGAUAUUUUAUUAAGGAGGUUUGAUGGUGAAGCUGGUGAACAUUUUAAAAAAAACUGUGCAAUCUUCUGUCGAAACCAAUCUUCAGCUUUAGAAUCUCUUCGGUUAAAACAGAGAAAAGACCAAAAAUUUGCACAGUUCUUAAUGGAAUCUGAAUCUAGUAUCAUGUGUCGGCGUUUACAGCUAAAAGAUCUCAUUCCAGCAGAAAUGCAACGUCUUACGAAAUACCAUCUACUUAUUGAUAAUUUACUAAAAUAUACCACAACAAGUACAGAGGAAUAUGCGAUGCUUGAAAAAAUUAACCGACUCUGCAAGCGUAUUUUAGAGUAUGUGAAUUUAGCUGUACAGGAAUGUGAAAAUAGCCACCGACUCUAUGAACUUCAGAGGCGACUAGACAAGAGACCAUUGGAAAAUAUUCCUGAAUUUGAAGAAUUUAGAAAUUUCUCCUUGACGGAUUACAAACUGAUCCAUGAGGGCUUCCUAACAUGGCAUGUCAACCAAACUCGGAAUAAGAACAUCGAUGUGCAUGUUGUAUUGUUAGAUAAAUAUUUAGUGUUUCUACAGAAACAAGAUGAUCGAUUAGUUCUUAAAUGUCACGAUACAGCUAUACUUGUAGGAGGACAAGGCACAGAUAUGCGUUGUAAAUUUACACACCGGCCUAUUUUAGACAUUGACAAAGUGUUAACACGUAAUGUUGCUACCAGUAAGUACAAAACUUUUUUUUUUUUAGAUAGAGAUGUUGUAGAACACCUUGGUCAAUUAACCGAUGAAAGAUUGAAUGUGGAGAAGGCCGAUGAGGCCCACCAACCAGAAGCACAUUUUGCUGGUCCGGAAGAUGUCAUCAUAUCUGAUGUAGCGAUUGCACGUGCUGAGUCAGUACAGUCUCCUAUUGGAGUUUUAAGAACCAUCAAGAUAUUUUCCAUUUCUUGUUUAUCUAACCAAAACUGGCACUCUUCAGAUAUCAUUACACUACAAUGUUCCUUAACACUGUAUUAUGCAGGGGAGCAGCAUCUAGAUCUUGUUCAUUCAGGGGCUUAG